GUGUGUCAGCAACAUCACUCUGCCGAGAUAGCUGGCGGAAGAGCCAAGGAGCGCUCCCGGACCAAUCGCUCUCCAGCAGCCAGCCCUACCCCCUGACCCUGACCGAGCGCGCCCUGACCGCCGACUCUGGUGAAGACCGGCUCUCCCAGAAGACGCCUCCGGCCCCGGGCGAACUUCGCGCAGGCACGCCCCUCGCCUCCCGGAGGAGCGCGGACUCGCCCGGGUGCGCAAACUCCGCCCAUCCUCGCGGGGAGCCCGGCUCGCCCUCCCGCCGCCUGCACUCAAGCAGGUCUCUAGAAGAGCCUGCGAGCUAACACAGACGGCGAGCCGGACGCGAUCCAGAAGCACACGAGUCUGCGACCACGCGCGCUCCGAUGGCCCCCAGAGGCUGAGAGCCGGGGGCGCGGAGGCAGCGGCGCGGGUCCUAGAGCCGAGCUGCUGGCUUGCAAGGUAGGGCGCAGGAAGAUGCCCAAACGAAGUUGAUCUUUGGGGGAAGGAGGUUGGGGCGCGCCCUCCCCAUCUCAGCGAGUUUGGCUCGACCUCACUGAGCCCCCGGCGCGCUCUCCGGCGCGAACCCGCGGUCCCUCGGGAAAGCGCAGUCGGAAAGUUGUCGGCGGCGGUGUCCGUAGCGCCCUGUUGUGUAACCUCGGCGCUGCCAGCCUCACCGGGAAGUUGCUGGUCCUCCGGCCAGCCCGGUUCGGUCGCGGCCCGGGGCAGAUUUCAUGGCCCGCGGCGAACGCGGGGCCGGAGCCGGCGUGGGCGAGCCCCUGCUUGACCCCUCCCGCAGAGUUCCCCGGCGCCCCCUCCCGUCUGCUCGCCCGCCUUUCCGAUGCUCGCUGCGCCCCUCGCCGCCGCCCUCUUGCCGCCGCUUGCCCCUUGGAGCCGCCGCCUAAGUCGGGGAGGAGAGAAUGACCGAGGUGCUGUGGCCGGCGGUCCCCAAUGGGACGGACGCUGCCUUCCUGGCCGGCCCGGGCUCGCCCUGGGGGAACAGCACAGUGGCCUCCACCGCCGCCGUCGCCUCUCCGUUCAAAUGCGCGCUGACCAAGACAGGCUUCCAGUUCUACUACCUGCCAGCUGUCUACAUCUUGGUGUUCAUUGUCGGCUUCCUGGGCAACAGCGUGGCCAUCUGGAUGUUCGUCUUCCACAUGAAGCCGUGGAGCGGCAUCUCCGUGUACAUGUUCAACUUGGCCUUGGCGGACUUCUUGUACGUGCUGACUCUGCCGGCGCUCGUCUUCUACUACUUCAAUAAGACCGACUGGAUCUUCGGGGAUGCCAUGUGCAAGCUGCAGAGGUUCAUCUUCCACGUGAAUCUCUAUGGCAGCAUCUUGUUCCUGACCUGCAUCAGCGCGCACCGGUACAGCGGUGUGGUGUACCCGCUCAAGUCCCUGGGCAGGCUGAAGAAGAAGAACGCAGUCUAUAUCAGCGUGCUGGUGUGGCUCAUCGUGGUGGUGGGGAUCUCCCCCAUCCUCUUCUAUUCCGGCACCGGGAUCCGGAAAAACAAAACUAUCACCUGCUAUGACACCACCUCAGACGAGUACCUGCGAAGUUAUUUCAUCUACAGCAUGUGCACGACUGUGGCCAUGUUCUGUGUCCCUUUGGUGCUGAUUUUGGGCUGUUACGGAUUAAUUGUGAGAGCUUUGAUUUACAAAGACCUGGACAAUUCGCCUCUGAGGAGGAAAUCCAUUUACCUGGUGAUUAUUGUACUGACUGUUUUUGCUGUGUCUUACAUCCCUUUCCACGUGAUGAAAACAAUGAAUUUGAGGGCCCGGCUGGAUUUUCAGACCCCAGAAAUGUGUGCUUUCAAUGACAGGGUUUAUGCCACUUAUCAGGUGACAAGAGGUCUAGCAAGUCUCAACAGUUGUGUGGACCCCAUUCUCUAUUUCUUGGCAGGAGAUACUUUCAGAAGGAGACUCUCCCGAGCCACCAGGAAAGCUUCCAGAAGAAGUGAGGCAAAUUUGCAGUCCAAGAGUGAAGACAUGACUCUCAAUAUUUUAUCCGAGUUCAAGCAGAACGGAGAUACAAGCUUGUGAAGACGCAAGAAUCCCCAAACACCCACUUUUGUAACAUGGUAGGAUGCUUAAUAGAGCCAAGUGCUUUUUCCCCCUUUAAGUUUCUAGUAAGAUUAGAGAAAAUGCAAACCAAGAAAGCAGUGAGUUUAAAAAAAAGAAAUAGAAGUGGAAAUGCCUACACCCACACUUAGCUUGUUUGGGUUUGCUUUCAAGGACUUCCUUCUUUCUCACCAGAAGUAUGUAACAUAAAAUAAUACUAUCCUUAAAUAUUUACUUUCUCUUCUGCCUUUAAAAUUUGCAAGCUCUUCUGUUUAAAGUUUACGUGAGUACUGGAGCUAUUUGGAUAUUAAUAACUUCUCCAAGAAAACUGACCACCUGAAACUUGAGUUUGUGAUUCAUCUAGUCUUUAUUGUUUUUAAUAAUCUGAGGUGGGAACAAAUUGAAACUUCACAUCCUCA